UGAUAUCUUUUAGCACGUGCAUUUUGAAAGAAGAAGUUUGAGCUCUAACCUAGUUUUUUUUUGUUUAAAAGGUGUGUUUGCCUUUAGUUUCAAACACACUUUCAGUAAUUUCUAUUGUACCAUGACUCGAUUUGCUCGAUCGAAGGGUUCAAAAGCUUCAAAUGAAAGAAUACCAGAGGCUGCGACAUCGUGGAGUGAAUUAAAACAACAGUUAUUGAGCAGUAACAAAGAUAUAUUGGAGAAAAAUAUCCGUGAAGAAGCACUUCAGAGAAGAGAAGCUAAUUAUCAAGCAUUUUUGAGAGAACGUGAGGAAGAACAGUUAAGAAAUGUGACGUGGGCCGACUUUGACAGUAAAGAAAUGAGAAUCGAUGGCAAAACAGCAGACAAUUUGAAAAAAAGUUCUCACAACACAAAUGGCCCACAUUUAAUGUUAAAUGCAAGGAAAUCUAUAGGUGAAUUCUUAGAGGAAAAUGAUAGCGAUGAGCCUCCAGAAGAAUGUGGUGUGAAAGAUCGUCCAAAAGAAGUUAUUGUUGAAAAAAAAAUAAAAAAAAGGAAACUGAAAAUUGUCAGUGUUAGAGAAGAACAAUUUCAUGAUUUUGAGGAGAACAAAAGUGAAUUAACUAAAGCUAAGCCUCAGUCUCCAAGAAGUUUACGAAAAAUUGAAAAAAAGGACAGAUCUCAGAAGCAGUUAAAGAAAAAAUUAAAACAAAAGAAGGAAAAAAUGAAUGAAGUGGAAAAAAAUGUUAAUGAAAAUGUCAUAGAAAGUUCAAAUUCACUUUUUAAAAAUGCAGCUGAGGAUUUGUCAAAAAUUGAAAAAAAAAAGCAAAGAAGAAUGAGACAGGCAGAAAAAAGAAAGAAAUUUAAGGAACUGAAAUUGAGCCAGUUGAAUUCAGAAGCCUCAAAGGACAAUGUAUCAAAAAACAAUGAUUACAGUGAUCCUAAUUCCAACUUAUCUGAAGAUGUACUAGCCAAAAUUGAGAAGAGGAAGCAGAAGAAAAUAAGACAAGCAGAAAAAAGGAAAAAAUUUAAGGAGUUGAAGAAAUUGGAGGAAGGUAGUAAGAACAGUGUUGGAAAUAGUAUUGAUGAUAAAUCUACAAUCCCUCAUGUCUUGGCAAAAAAACACAAGAAAGAUGUCCCCAAGAUGAUAAACAAAAGAAAUAAAAUAGGAGAUAAUGCUCAGCCUUCUAGGAAGAAGUCAUUGCCAGAAAGGAUGAUAAUAAAUGGAAAAUCUGUGGAUAUAGACUACAUAGAAGGUUUCCCUGUUAAAAAAGAAGAUGCAGAUCGACUAAGAAAACUAAAAAAGGAAAUGAUAAAUAAGGGAGUGCCCAGGAGUGAAAUUGAAGUUGCUUUAAAAUUGGAAAGAAGAAAAGCUGAAAAAGCACUUGCCAGAGAAAAGAAGAAAGUUUGUUUUAACUGCAGAUUAUCUGGUCACAAUUUGAGUGAGUGUCCGGCAUUAGGCAAAGGAGAAAUUGUGGAAUCGGCGGGAACGGGAAUUUGUUUCAAAUGCGGAUCCACAGAGCAUACCCAUUUUGAAUGCAAAGUUGUUAGAGCAGAUGCUUAUAAAUUUGCUAAAUGCUUCAUUUGCAAUGAGCAAGGACAUAUAUCAAGACAAUGUCCGGACAAUCAACGCGGGCUUUAUCCUAAAGGGGGGUCCUGUAAGGUUUGUGGAGAUGUGACACAUUUAAAAAAGGAUUGUCCAAAUUAUCAAGUCCAGCAGCAACAGCUGCAGCAGGGUAUCAAUGUGGGCACUCUUGGUGAUAGUAAUCCUGAUGAUUUUGAUACACAUAGAGCUACAGUUGGUAACAGAAUUGCCAAGCCAAGUAAAAUUGUUAAAUUCUAGGUUGUCCUAAUGCCUAUAUUGUUCAAUUAUAAUUGCUAUAAGUUUUGAAAAUAAAAUUUAUUUUAUAACUUAUUG